GGCAGGCUGGCAGGGCAGUGGUGGCAGCGAGCCCGGCAGCGAACGUGUCCCAAGGAUGGAGGAUGGUGGGAGAGCCCACACUGCCAUUGUUGGCUGGGCCUGCAUGACCCUGUGCUUGGUCUCCUAUGCUGCCGCCUUCUCGCAGGGCGCGAGCCUUUCUGCCUGCACCGACAUGAUGCCCAGGCACCUGAGGGUGCAGCUGCACAGCUCCAACAACAACUACGUCACUGUCCACACCAACAUGUCCUUCUACUUCCCAGGAGACAAGGUGCCAGUGACAGUAAGAAGCACCCGGGAUUACAUGGGCUUUAUGCUGCAAGCUCGCAAAGUGUCCAACAAUGAAAUCGCCGGCACAUUCAUCUUCCUGCCUCCUGGUUCCAAGCUGCUGACUUGUUUUGAAGAUGGUGACACUGUCACACACUCAGACAAGUCACUGAAGAGAAACCUGUCCUUCGUAUGGAAAGCACCAGACCAACCCAUUGGAGACAUCAAGUUUUUCAUCUCCAUAGUCCAGUCAUACUUUGUUUACUGGGCAAAGAUUGAAUCUGCUGUUGUGGCUCAGGGAGGGCAAAACAAGACUCUUGCUGACAAGAAGCCCGAUGCUGUAGCCCCCACGCCCCCACAGGGACCAGCUGAUCUUCACCCCACAGGUCCCAUCUCUCCUGCAGCUGCCACUGGCUCCCUGCUGCCUGCCAGCCCCACUGGCAUUGUGGCAACACCAGUCCUGGAGCCAGCUUUUGGUGUGGGGUCAGACACUCAUCCCAUUGCUGAGCCAAGGCAGCUGGCCCGAACUUCGCGGGCUAUGUCCGGCAGGAGCAUCCAGUCCAGAGGCUGGGAGCCAGAGCCAUCCCUUCCCACCCAAGAUGUUGGAAUGGUGGAUGCCUUGCAAGGUUCCCUCUUCCAGGACAAUGCCUCCAGCACCUUCAAUGGAGUGGGAAGCAUUGUCAGUGCUGCCACCCUACACUUGUGUUUGAAGUGUACAGGCAACAGGAAGGGCAGUACUGAGAGUGGAACCAUCUUGAAAGCCUCCCUACGUGUGACAGCGUCUCCCUCUGCCCUGCACACACGCACUCACUUGGGUGACAUUGCCGCUACCACAGCCUGGCUUGGUGAUGCCAACUCUGCUGGCAAUUUGUCCUCGGCUUCGAGGCAAAUGGCAGAAAAAGAGUUGGCACCGCAGUCAGAGGAGGCAGGCACCAGGGAUGAGGAGAACAAGGAUGAGCAGGAGGCAGCUGGGAACACCCUGCCAUGGGUGACCAGAGCAGCUCCCGAACCUGCUGUUCCUGGGAAAGGGGAAGGCCCUGGCAGAGGACCCCGACUCCUGGCAGCCCAGCUCAGCAUCCUGCUGGUGUGCACGGCCGCGCUGGGGCUGGCGCUGGCGGCUGCUGUGCGCUGUGUCUGCGCCCAGCACUGCCACAAGCGAGCCGAGGUGUCCUUCAGCCAGCCCGAGCCCGAUGUCAUCACCGUCACGGAAAACGGGGAGGUGAUGCACUUCCGAAGGAUCCGGGAGAACAGCUUCGUGCUGCUGCAAGCUCACUGCAACUGGGUCAGCCCCUCGAGCAGCGGGAAGAGGACAAUGGUGGUUUAGUCCUCUCUGUGCUGCCAUGUAGGCAAACAAACCCAAAGCAGCUAGUUCAGACAGAAGUGUUAGGCAAAAGUAUCUAAGCUACAGCUGCUGAGAAAAUAGAAGUGAUAGAUUGCUCAGUGUGUUACACUUACUGCAAUUAAUAUUGCAUAUCUGCUCAUUAGCUGUCACUGUGGCAAUGACAUACACUUCCUCUGUUGCCUUAAGAGUGUGGCCUAAAAUAGAAAUUCUUCCUCUGCACUGUGAUAUUGACUUCUGUUUAAUCUCAGAAAAAUAAGUUUCUAGUGUUAUAUUUCUUUCUAGGAACUACAAAUCCAACCAUUCUCAUUUAAGAGCUUACAGGUUUGACUCUGUGCACUUGGUAUCCCUCAGAUGACAAAUAUUUGCCACAAGAUUUCAAGUUUCAAUUUGAAAAUAAAAAGCAAUAACUCAUUAGUGGAGAACAUUGAUCCCAAGAAUGCUGAAUUGAUCCAUGGAGUGAAACACAGGAUGGCAGACACCAGCUUUUGGGGGAGAAACAUGCCUCCUCAUCAGGUGCAAAUGGAAGAAAAUCUUUCCUGUCCAUUUGCACCUGAUGAAGAAGCUUGUUGAAGCCUGACAGCCAACAUUUAUUUAGUCUUUUAUUUUGAGUGAGCUCAGUGACACUGUGCAGAAACACAGACUGAGAAGUACACUUUCCAGGUCACUUUGGAGAUGCCCUGCCAAGGCUGCACGGGAAGUUAACAGCAUCCUUGUGUUCUGAGUUUGUGCAAACUUCCCUCUGACCAUGUGGUUUUCUGUAGGAGACCCCUAAAGCAACCCUUGGAAAACAGCAUGCUCCUGGACACCUCCUAAGAAGGACAGGUGACAACAGCAAUGGUAAAGUUUUAUUUUACUGCAGCUUUAAAAGAGCCAGAAAUAGACCUGGCAAUGAUCCUCUUGAGAUGUACAUUUUAGAGUCUUUCAGAGAGCAGGAAUUGACCCUUCUGGUGUCCUUUUCUAUGAUAGGUCAGCUCAGAGCUGAUCAUUCCCAAGCCAUAUAGAGAGAGACAAACUUAGAUUUUGGUGCUGCAGCCUAAUUCACAGCCCACAGCAAUCCCCCUGAACCAAGCAGAUAAUGACAGGACUCUGAUGGUUCACCCAGCCUUCCUGAUGACAGCUCCCCCUUUGCCAGGAGGGCCCUGUGGCCCAUCUCCAACUAGUUCCCAUCUCCAUGCUGGAUAGUCAGUCAAAGCCCUCCUCUCACAUCUCCCUUACCUCACUGCUGACUUCAGAGGAGACAGGUGGGACAUGAGUUCUCCUGCUCCAGCUCCAGCAUGAUGCACAGAGUGCAGCUUUUGCUAACAGUGCCUUCCAUUAGUAUUCAGAAAGAGAUGGUUUCUGACCAUACUGCUACACUGUGAUCAGUGACAUUUGUGCUGCACACAUGGACAAAUUUUUUUCAACUUCACUUCUAGGCCCAGUGAGCCCUGGGCAAAAUAAAUGAGUAAAAAAAGAAGUGUACUCACAAAUGCAGCUUGCAGAGAUGAGCUUGAUGCUCUUAACCAUUGCACUUUGAAGAGAAAGGCAACUGCACCACAGCCCUUUGCUGCAGAAAAAGCAAGGGUAGUGCUGUAAUUGAAAAGACAAAGUUUGGUUUAGGACUCAGAAGGAUUCCAGGUGAAUGGUUUUAGAUUUACUAAUUGAGCUUAAGCCCUACCUACUAGUAAAUCUCCAGGUUUUUUAGCACACAUCUAGACACUUAAAAUGGCAUUCCUCUCCCUUGUCCUUUGCCUUAGAAAGAAAUCAUCUGUCUGUAAGGCAGUGUAGCUGAAAUGUGUAGUGACUAAAACAGACUGCAUUCAAGUCAUUGUUAAUGCAGCC